AUGGCCUUCUCUUCUUGCUUUUGCCAUUCUCAGUUCUCCCUCAAGGUUGACUAUGCUAAGAAGACUAUAAGACAUUCGAGUAACUAUAAAAGCAUCACAUUUUCACUCGGAAGUUCUCAUACUCAAGUCUUCGGUCAACAGCUUGAGACAAUAGGAGUUCAAUUACACAGGGAAUGGAGUUUUGUAGGAGGUUCAACAGUUACUGUAAGACCAAAACUCGAGAGAUCCAUUCCACACCGAAAAGGCUCUGGAAUAUAUGUCUCAUGGUUGGCAAGUUCUCAAAUUGCAAGCAGAGUUUUUACUUUGGGAACAACUGCAGUUCUCCCAUUUUAUGCCCUCAUGGUUCUGGCACCUAAAGCUGAACUGACAAAAAUGUCUUCGGAAAGUAGCAUACCGUAUAUUCUGCUUGGAGUUCUCUAUGCUUAUCUACUAUACCUCUCUUGGACUCCUCAGACGCUACGGUUGAUUUUUGCAAGUAAAUACUGGCUACCUGAGCUGACUGGUAUAGCAAAGAUGUUCUCCAAUGAGAUGACAUUAGCUUCUGCCUGGAUUCAUUUGUUGGCUGUCGAUCUCUUUGCUGCAAGGCAGGUUUUCUGCGAUGGUCUUCAAAACCAAAUUGAGACUCGGCAUUCAGUUUCUCUUUGCCUGUUUUUCUGUCCCAUUGGAAUUCUUACUCAUGUCAUUACGAAAGCACUUACUAAAAGUGCUGGAAGCACUAGCGGGCACAAAACACCUUGA